GACCGAUAUUGAUAUACUCAUGGACCAACUUGAAGCCACAAAGCCCCAGGAGUUCUGUCUCACAAAGCCCAAACCACGACCUCCUCCGAUGGCAAAGCUCAUCCCACAGCAGAUAAAAUGCAAACCGGUACCAAUCACCAAACACAGAACUCCAAAGGAGCUGAAGAUCAUACAGCAGAUUAAACAGGACAACAAUCAGAAGACUAAGGAACUGCUGAAUGAGGCAAACAGGAAACAGUUCAGAUGCGGGAAUCCACAGAAGCCGGAACGCACUAAGCGAGUGAUGGACCAGAUCAAGAAAGAUUUGGAUUCAAAGCUCCAGUUACGUGCAAAUCAUCCCACUAAACUUCCGCCUAGUAAUAAGAACAUAAAUGUUCCCGUCAAGCCCAACAAAGCAGUCAWGAUGAGGGAGACAGCUCUGCUUCAACGUAAGAAGAAGGAGGAGCUGCAAAGGAAAGAGAUGGAGAAGGAGGCCAGCAAAGAUAUUAGGCAGAAAGACGCUGAACACAAGAGAGUUUUGGCUCUGCAGAAGAAGUCCAAGAAAGAACAGGAAGAGCUGCGGAGACUCAACCAAAUCAAGAGCAGAAAGGCCAAAACCGCUGAACAUGGUCUUUGUAAAAUGGGAUCAAACUAUGGAUCUCUAGUUAAGGAGGCGAUUGUGUUGCUGGACAAGUUCAGUGAUGGCAAACAGAGUUUGGAUCACCUCAUAGAAGGUGCUGAAAAAGAUCUGCAGGACAUGGAUGCUCAGCAUAAGAAGUUCAUACUUCAUGUUGUCUCUGGAAGCACUGAGCACAGAAAGUUACUGGACAAAGUUGUCAGCCAUUUCUACAGAAAGAAUGGGGGGACGCCAUCCAGCAGUGACCGGCGCCAGUUUGUCAUUAUCUGUUACAUCGCCAUAUUCAUGCUUGAAGACAUUGGGAUUCAGUGUUUUAAAGACAUUGUCAAAUCUCUGGGCAUCAAGGAGAUGCACACAGUAAGUUUCUGA